CACACACAGGAAACUCUACUCCCACAGAAUAGGACGACGCAUUCCCAUGCGAAGAAUAGAGUUUCUGCCUAUCAUCAGUUCUACUAGUCCCCACUAUGGAGAACAAGGAAGUGCGUUGUCGAGAUGUGGCAUACACCAUUAAUCGAUCCGUGCUUUACGAGCAAGAGUUAGGACGACCAGCACCCAACCCUCCCAGUUCAGUACGUUCUUUUUUUGGUGCAGCAAAAAGGAAGCUUAGAUGUUCAGUAUCAGCGGCUAAGCACACCCUCUUCCAGUUCAUUCCUAUUCUCCUUUGGUUGCCUCGUUACCCUGUAAAGGAAUGGCUUCUGGGUGAUAUUGUGUCUGGCGUCAGCGUGGGGAUUCUCCAGCUCCCACAAGGUUUGGCAUAUGCGUUACUGGCUGGGGUGCCCCCGGUGUUUGGAUUGUAUUCAUCUUUUUUCCCAGUCAUGGUCUAUACCAUCUUUGGGACAUCCAGACAUGUAUCUAUAGGCAGCUUUGCAGUCGUCUCUAUCAUGGUUGGCAGUGUGACUGAGUCCUUGGUGCCCAAUGAUAACUUUAUCUUGCCUGGGAAUGACAGUUUACUUAUUGAUAUUGCUGCAAGAGAUAAAGCCAGGGUUGAAGUUGCGGCAUCCAUGACUUUACUGGUGGGUCUGUUCCAGAUAAUUCUAGGGUUAGUACAGUUUGGGUUUGUGGUUACUUACCUAUCGGAGCCAUUGAUCCGCGGAUAUACCACUGCAGCCACCAUCCACGUCACUGUGUCCCAACUAAAGCACAUUUUUGGACUCCCCCUCAGUGAAAAGUCUCAGCCAUUGUCUUUGAUUUAUUCCUUAGUCAGUCUGUUCCGCAGGAUCCACAGGACAAAUAUUGGCACGCUGGUUAUCGGCCUUGUUUCUCUAACGUGCCUCUUUGCAGUUAAGGAAGUCAACCAAAGACUACGAGGGAAGCUUCCGAUGCCCAUCCCUAUUGAGCUGAUUGUGCUAGUAAUCUCUACCGGGAUAUCAUAUGGUAUAAACCUGAAUGAAAAGUAUGGGGUUGGCAUCGUGGGUGACAUUCCUACAGGGUUGGUUACACCCAUGGUGCCUAAGGCGGAAUUCUUUAUGGAAGUUGUAGGCAAUGCAUUUGCUAUAGCUGUGGUUGGCUAUACCAUCACUAUUUCCUUGGCCAAAAUGUUUGCUAUGAAGCACGGCUAUAAAGUGGAUAGUAACCAGGAGUUGAUCGCACUUGGAUUUAGUAAUCUUGUCGGGAGCUUUUUCCAUUGUUUUGCCGUCACAACAUCCAUGUCUAGGACUCUUGUCCAGGAGAGCACGGGAGGAAACACCCAGGUUGCCGGCACAGUUUCUGCUCUAAUUAUACUUGUAAUUAUCCUGAAAGCGGGAGAACUGUUUACAUGCCUACCCAGAGCCAUAUUAUCAGCUAUUGUUAUUGCCAAUCUGAAAGGAAUGUACAAGCAGUUUAUGGAUAUACCCAUCCUAUGGCGAACCAACAAAUUUGAUCUUCUGAUAUGGCUAGUGACCUUCCUGUCAACAAUCUGCCUCAACAUGGACAUCGGGCUGGCUGUGUCGGUUGUGUUUGGCCUGUUCACGGUCACUUUCAGGAGCCAACUACCCCAAUAUUCCAUUUUGGGACAAGUUUUUGAAACAGACCUCUACAGGGAUUCUGAAGAAAAUUCCAUGGCCAAAGAAAUCUCAGGCAUAAAGAUAUUCCAUUGGAACACUGCAAUUUAUUUUGCUAAUGCGGAGCUCUAUGGCAAAACUCUCAAAGCAAAAAUGGGUGUCAAUGUUGACAGGCUAAUUGAGAAAAAAAAGAAGGCCAUAAUGAAGAGGAAAAAAGGGUUACAAAAAGUUAUCGGUUUGGCUAAAAACAUUCUGUCCAAAACUCAGAUGGGUACCGGCCUGGAGUUUCUGACAAACAAAGAUGGCAUGCUGGGAAGUCUUAGAACUCUGUCCGAGACGAUACCGAACAUUCCUACCCUGUGUUCCCUGGGCCUGGAGAAACUAGAAUUCCACUCCCUGAUCUUGGACUUCUCUGCUGUCAGUUUUAUUGACACCGUUGGAGUAAAAAUGCUAAAAAAUAUUUUUGAAGAGUUCCGUGAGAUUGAAGUGGAUGUUUAUCUUGCCAGCUGCCCCACUUCAGUUUUCAAGCAGCUGGAACACAGUCACUUCUUUAAAGGAUCCAUCAACCAGACGUUAGUAUUUGCUUCAGUCCAUGAUGCAGUUUCCUAUCUCUCCUAUGGUGUCAGCGAGUCCAGCUCUGUCCAAGAAAUGACAGAAAUCUGAUGUGACCUGACUUGCCCUUAGCACAACUGAAUCUGACUGUCCCAUUUAUUAUUUUUUUUUACUAGUGUUCCUUAAUUUCACAAUAAUCCUGAAAAUCUGUUUUAAAGGAGACACAAACUUUUUCUGAAACCUCCUCCAAAAUCCCUAAAGUGAUUCUGUUGUAUAACCUUGUCAAAUGUCCGUGUUGUUUAUCUUGUUCACAUUUUACAGCGAUUGAAUAUCAGAAGGAACGUAUAGUGCUGUCAUAUUGUUAAAGGGGUAGUUCAUUUUUAAGUUAACUUUUAGUAUGUUAUAGCAUGGGUAAUUCUAAGCAACUUUUCAAUUGGUCUUUAUUAUUUCUUUUUUUUCUUUUUUUUUUUUUUUACAAUUUUUGAAUUAUCUGCCUUCUUCGGACACUUUUAAGCUUCCAAAUGCGGGUCACUGACCACAUCUAAAAAAA